AUGUACAGCCAGCGCGACUGGUUCUCGAGACUACCAGCAGAGUUGUGCAAUGCUAUCCACGAGCUCGUGUUCUCUGCAGAGCAUAGUGGACAGCCUCUGAAUAUGAGUAUGAAACUGCCAACUAUCAUCAACGUGAGCGGGCAAACACUCCGCGAGAGCUUUCCAAUGUGGCUGGCAAAGAACGACUUCAUUGUCCAUGUACAAAGAACGAACUCUACGAAGGAUCCUCGCACGGACAUAGGCUACCGAAAGGUGCUCGAAUGGCUCGAUUGGCUUAGUCCGGCAUGUGUCCGCUUCAUCGGUCCUCUCACCAUCAUACUGGAAGAUCGCGCAUAUGUCGAGUGCGAAAACGGACAGCGCCAUCCAGACUGGGAUUUCAAGGAUAUCUGGGUGAUCUUUGUGGCUGAGCUGGCGGGACGUGGACUAUUACCACGUCAGCUACAAUGGCCUAGCUUGAGCGAGCAGCAGCUUGCAGAUCUGAUCGACUUCUGGAGGAUGGGGCUAAAUUUCGAAUAUAGAGAUAUCGCAUGUGAGCAGGCCGACUUCCAGCAGUCGGUAUUGACCACCCUGUUGGAAAGCUCUGAGCUCAUGGAUCCGGGAAACCAUCCAAUCAACAUUUACGAGCAGGCAGCGCAACGCUUCGACCGGGUCGCUCCCGCGCCCUUCGUCGGGUCCUACAUACGUUCUGCUGACCAGACCAGACCUGAAAGUCGCCAUUACUGCAAGCUGUUGUCUGAUGUCUACCGACCAUGCGUCAGAGGGCUGAGCUGUAGUUGUAGUAGCCAUCACCUAUGUUGUUCAAGGCGGAAAUAUUGCAUUCCAAGGGAACAAAAUUAG